UCGUUAGCGUGAUAGAAUGGGAUAAGCAAUGAUUUCAUUGUCUUGAACUUCAUUCACGUAUAGUUAUUGUUUAUUUAGAAGGAUCAAACGAAACAUCUGCAAACGUCUUGUUUCACUUUUACUACAAGAUAAUUACGCCUCGAAAUUUCAUUUAAGUAUGAAAGAUGAGAAAGAAAAUGAAUCAGAUGGUGCGCUGUACCACGAAGUACAACCUCCAAUGUGGAAGAGUUAUUUGUAUGAACUGCAACUUCGAGCGCCUAAACCAACUCGAGUAAGAUGUGAAAGACAGAUUCCCGACAAGCCUGCUUACUAUGGAAAAGAAUUUCAUGGAUUGAUAUCACGUGAGGAGGCAGACGCUCUCGUUUCAAUUAAAAGUGGAAAUUAUCUGGUUCGUGAACGGCAGAAAAACCCAGGUUCCUAUGCUUUGUCAAUGAGAAUUGGUAAGCAAACAAUGAAUUUUCGAUUAUACUACGAUGGAAUGCAUUACGUUGCUGAGAAGCGGUUUGAAACUGUGAAUGAUCUUGUGGCGGAUGGCUUGAUAACAUUAUACAUAGAGAUGAAUGCUAAAGAUUACAUUGAUACAAUGAUGAUGAAUCCACCUCCUCUUCCACCUGUGCGUUCUCAGUCUUCCCGAAUAGAGACAUCUGUGGAAAGCACGAAACCAGUAGAUCCAAACAACAGUAGAAGGCCUAGUGUCGACUACAGACAGAGUAUAAAAACAGCUUCAGGUUAUACAAAGGACCACAACUUUAAGGUUCACACUUACAAAGGUUUUUACUGGUGUGAUUACUGUAAAAAUUUUCUAUGGGGUUUAAAACAACAAGGAUACAAAUGCCAAGAUUGUGGAUAUAAUGCACACAAGCAAUGCGCCGAACGCUUAAAGAACGCAGGCAACUGUCAACCACACAAAAAACUAGUAAAACGAGUUUUUGGUGUGGAUUUGACAACCCUCGUUAAAGCGCACAACACAAAGCUUCCUACAAUUGUCGAAGAUUGUGUGAGAGAAGUUGAACAAAGAGGUCUGAAGUCCGAAGGCAUUUACAGAGUAUCGGGAUUUGCUGAUGAUAUUGAAGUCUUAAAGAAUUUAUACGACAAAGGUGAUGUCAUUGAUACAGGUCCAAAAAAAUUUGAAGAUAUAAACAUUAUAGCUGGUGCAUUAAAACUUUAUCUUCGUAUGUUACCGUUGCCCGUUAUAACUUUUGAAACCUAUGGUAAAUUCCUGGAUGCAAUAAAGCUAGAAGACAAUGAACGGAUUGAAGCUGUCGGACGUGCUUUAGGAGAAUUACCACAUGCUCAUUACGCUCUUCUCAAAUUUCUAAUAUCUCAUCUUACAAUGGUCACUACGUUUUCAAAGAAUAACAUGAUGAACUCGGAGAACUUGUCCAUCGUCUUUGGCCCAACCCUCAUGCGAUGCCCCGAAAACCUGAAUUUAUUAGAAUCACAAAGUUAUAUUAAGUUACAAAAACAUGUUGUUCAAUGCCUAAUUGAUGAACAUGAUAUACUCUUUGGUGUAUGAUAGAUUGUUAGAAUUAAUUGUAGUGUGAAGCAUAUGGGUAUGUUUGAAAGACCGUGUGUAGAACCUUGGGCUGAAGGCCAAAUUAAUGGUUACUCUUUAAAUUCUGAAGUAUUAUAACGAUAUUGUUAACUUAAUAACCGAAAGUGAGGUCUGUACAGUAAAUAUCAUGCGAUAUUUCCAAACUCGAAGUUAGCAAGUUAUUUAUUAUAUGGCUAAACUACAAAGUAAUUAUCACUAUUAUUUACAUCCAUGAAUGAAAAGGGCUGGAAGAAGAGCUUAUUGUAUCACUGGAGGCGAGACAGAAAAGUUUUGCCUUGUCACCAGCCAAUCACAUCGCACAAUUCGUCAAAAAAAAUUGGUUAGCCAUAUAAUAAAAAGAUAUACUAAAUAUUUGAAUUAAUAAUUUGAUGGACAUGCUUUGCAUAUCUAACUUAUUAAAAUAUAUACAUUGAAUUAAUCGAAUGCAACUAUCAUAAUGUCAUUUCGUGUAACGUACCAUACAAUAAAACACUGCAGUAAAAGCAGUUACUCUGUUUUAAA